AUGCGUUGGAGAACGGAAGAAGAAGUCCUUGGAGGGUUCGGGGAGUCAACAUGUGGGAAUACGCGCUGUGAAUAUCAUCGAAUGGCGCGUGAGAUUACCCUCACAACGAUGGAGCUGCCCUUUGCAUAUGUGGAGCAUGGUGAGAAUAAGUCGGCGUUAGUCAAAGUGGUCCUUUGUGGAAGCUGUGUGAGAAAGCUGAUGUGGAAGCGGCGGAAGGAGAGGGAAAGGUCAAAAGAAUGUGGAGAUGAGGGCCAAAGAAAGGAAGAACGGGGGGCGCGUGACGAGGGAAGGGAGAAUAGAGGCGAGGAUCGCAGCAGGCGCAAGGAUCCAACGGUAAAGGAUCGAACCUGUAAACGAAAUUCUCGUUCCCGUUCCCCACGACGUUGA